AAAAAACUUUAGCGAAUUCGGUGCGAAAAUGUUGUAGCUAAUAUGAAAGCGACAAUGUAUGUCAUAAUUAUUUUUUUCUAUUGAUGGUUUGAUUAUAGACUCGCACACAUCUACUCCGAUUUAAUAGAUCCUAACUAAAAAUUAACAUUAGCAAUAGCAAAGUAUAGUCAAUUAUUAGAGUUUUGUGAGAUCAACAACGGAAAUUAUACAAAAAUUCUCUUCUCGUCAAUAUAAUAAUAAUCUAAUAUAUGGACAACAAAUAGACGCUCUGAAAAUUUUUAAUGAUGUGAAUAAAUUCUACCAAAGAUAAAUUGAUCUUAAAGCCACACAGAGUUGGAUUGAUAUUAUAACAGCGCUUAUAAUAAAAACAUUAUGUCAAAUCGGUUAUAGUAUAAUCAGCUGUCGUGGAAAUUAUCAGAUUAUUUCUUCCAUAAAACUUAAAAUUAUAUUGUAAACUUACUUCCAAAAUUUUUAAAAGUUAAAUAUUUAAAUGUACAUAGAUAAAAGUAUGUAUCCUGGACAAUUCCACCGAUAAAUGAUUGCACUCAAAUUCUUAAUUUUACGAAUCUAUCGAUAUAUUUUCAAUCUUACUACUUGAGUCAUCGAUAAGGUUACAUCACCCUGUUAAACUAUUAAUUAUAACUUUUAAACAAGUGGGACCACUGGCAUGUUGUAAACAAAUUGUUUUAUAGAAGUUGGCUAUUUUAUUUAAUAGACAAAAUAUAUUAAAAUGUUUAAUGAGACAUGUUGUUUACUAUGUUUGGAAAGUUCAAAGGAUCAAAUAGAUUUGAACUGCAAACAAGGUAUCGGUUUGAAUGGGCGAGAAGUGAUUGAAUUGCAUUUUAAAGAAGAGUUGGAUAUGAUGUCUCAAAUUGAAAUAAAAUUCAUUUGUCGAAAAUGUUGGGAUUUGGUAGAAACAUUUCAUAAAUUUUAUGAACAUGUGAAGCAAGUGCACCAGGAAGCGGCGAACACAUUGAAAAGUGUGACUUUAGAAGAGGAAAUCUUAGAAAUAAAAGAAGAAAUCAUAAAUAAUGACGACGCACAAGUUGAGCCAAGGCGUCGUAGGGGACGUCCUAAACGUCAAAGAGGAGCUGAAACUGUCGAAGUCUUUUGUGAGACUUCCAUACCACUGAAGGAAUGUCAAGUUAAAAUUGAAGAACUAAUAUUACCCGCCUCCAUGAGUCUCAAAGAUAUAUGUAAUCAAUCUGAGAUUGUUUCUGAAGUAUUAGAGGUUAAAGAUGAGUCCUUACUCGUAAAAUGUAUGGAUGAUUCUAUGUCGACAUUUAGUUCAGACUACGAAGAAUCGGAGAGUGAGAAUGAAGAAGAUAAACAAACAAAAAGAAAGUCUCGUAAAAUAAAUAAAAGAAAAGGUGUUAAUAAAAAAACUGCGGAAUCGGAUGAAUAUAUAGCAAAGAAAAAUUUUAAAUUUACUUGUUGCAUUUGUCAAACUUCAUUGGAAAACUUCAAACAUUUGAAAAGUCAUUUUCGUGAAGAGCAUCAAACGAGUGGUUAUGUGCUAUGUUGUGGUAAAAAAUUACCUGAACGCGGUUUACUAAUAGAUCAUAUUCAUGUUCAUGAAGAUCCUGACUAUUUCAAAUGUAAACAUUGCGGAAAGCGAAUGUCGGAGCGACGUAGCCUCGAUCUUCAUCUUCAAUAUGCGCAUGGAAAUCGGGAACGAGUACAUCGUUGUUCAAUUUGUUCUAAAGGAUUUUUCCGAGCAUCUUGUUUAAAACAGCAUUAUAAUAUUCACGUUACAGAAGAUCAAAAAACGGUACCGUGUUUAGAAUGUGGUAAAACCUUCCCAGACGACGUUGAAUUAAGAAAACACAUGCGUCUAACUCAUUUGAAUGUUUAUGUAAAAAUAUGUGAUAUUUGUGGUAUAUCAAUAAAGGGGCGCGAUGCUCUGGAACGGCAUCAGGCUGAGCAUGCAGGUGUACCACGAAAACUAAUAAAAUGUGAUCUAUGUGAUGCUGCGCUCACUACAAAAUAUGGCCUGGCACGUCAUAUGAAAACUAUGCAUACGGAAGAGUAUCAAACUCCGCAGGUCUGCCCAAUGUGUUCUAAAGUGUCACCGUCUCUGCAGGCUCAUCGUAACCAUAUAAAAUAUAUGCAUUCUUUACAAAGAAAACAUGUAUGCAAAUUAUGCGACAAGGCAUUUAAACGGCUUACCGAUUUCAAAGAGCACAUGGCCACGCAUACUGGAGAAGCUUUAUAUACCUGUAGUUUUUGUCCACAAACUUUCAAAUCUAAUGCCAAUAUGUACUCUCAUCGAAAGAAGAAACACGCUAAGGAGUGGGCAGAACAAUGCGCGUUGAAAAAAAGCUUAGCGGUACCCUUGAAGCAACCUGUUGUAACUGACUACAAAGCUAAUGAGUAUAAUCAAAUUGAUGUUGCUCCCACAUUAGCCAUUCUGUGGUCCAUGGAAAUUCCACCAAUGUCAAUUGGCUGUUUAAUACCCGAGCUUUUGCAUGAAUUUAGCUUAGAGGAUCAACUAUUUGCUUAUUACUACAAUGCUUUACAUUUAAUGCAAAAAGCUAACAACAAAUUUGGUCAAGAUUAUGUUAAUAAUAAUGCAUUCAGCAAAUGGUUUAUAACAGCGAAAUCGGCGCAUAAGCAAUUUCUUUUAGAAAAGCGUAAUAAUAAUUUUGAAAAUGCUUUCAUUUUCGAGGACUCUAAAAUACAUUAUAUACGUUUGGCACGCGAAAUUUCAAAUCAGCUCUCCGAUUCGUUAGUGCAAUUCGAUUACGGGCUGAUCACAUUAGGGCUUGCGCUAACCACAAUUGUGGUGCUCAAUGCGCUAUUGGCUUUUUGCUCGGCAACUGAUCGCGUUUUUAUUCAUGGCAAAGGCGCCUUCCUGUCCCUAUUAGCUUUCGCCGCAUGCAUAAAUAAAUGGUGCCAUUAUCAUGGGUAUUUCACGACUACUGGCACAAUGAGUACCGUUGUGAUAUUGCUGGCGAUAAUGGCUAGCGUUUAUAUGCUAAUAAAUAUAGCGAAUUUAUUAUUGCGACGAAUGCUCGCUAGCAAUAAUCUACAGAUCUCACUUCCUAAUCAAAUUUGGAUGCUGCUAAGCUGUUUACUAAUUCACACACUAACGCUGGCUUCUUCCUCAUUCAUCGAGAACGAGAAUAAAACUUGGCAUUAUCUUGGUGCUAGCGCUUUAAUUUUGCUUUGUGUGCAAAGUUUUCAAAAAGAGUUAUUGUCUUACAAGCUGGAUGCGUGUAUCAAUGGUGUGGCGCUGUAUAAAGUUCUUUUGCGCAAUUUACAAAAAUUACAGACAUCCUUUCUGAUAAUUGGUGGGUUGGGUAUUUUACACCGUUUAGACGGCGCAUCGUCUUAUCUAACGCAGGAAGCAACAAAAACAUGGUUAAGUUGCAUAUUCGUUGCGGGUUUGCUUCUAUAUGUGUUGUGUUUGCGCAAGCAUAAGCUCGUACAAACGCGUAAGGAGCUUGUGAUCUAUCUUAUUGCUGCCAUGCUGAUAUAUUGCUAUCGCGCUUCUAAGGGAGUGGUUUCCUCUGUGUUUGACACAAACUGUUGCAAACGCUCUGGCAAGUCCAUUGUAUUGGCUAUGGUUAUCACCACCAAAUGUGCCGCAGAUUUUGUGGGCCAAUCCAGCAAAUUAUACACAACAUCUUGUCGCCGAUUACACAAAAUGUCCAAUUCAUCAACCAGAAGCACUGUAGUAACACGCCGUGGUGCCGGUGUUGUGAAACUUAAACGCAUACCGUUGAUUUCGACAAACUCAAAUGGUGGUAAUUCAUCGUUCGCUUGUUUACGUUGCAGCAUACGUAUGACACCGGUAACGGUUGCUGUUUUACCCGUACCCGGUACACCAGAUACAUACAUACAACCGCCACAUUGGUCCUCUAUUUUACCUUCUAAAAAUGCGAAAACAUUGUCGAAUUCUUUUUCACGACAUGGCAGACUUUGUGGCACUACCGAUACGUGCAACCGCUCGCGCGCCAAUUGUAGAUCGGAUUUUUUUAUUUUUGAGGCUGUUGAAAUGGAGGAGGUGGGUCUGCUUUCCAUUGUUGGUGACAAUUCGCCGCUACGGAUCUUUUUAAGUUUUUGUGAUGGUGUCAUUGCCCCGGCUACUGCUGUUGUGGAAUUUCGGCGACGGAUUAUUGCCGCAUUUUUUAUAGCCGAUCGUUUGAUGUCGUUAUCAUCGCCCUUUGGUUUACGUUUUGGUGUUGAAAUCAAAUCCUCAUUGUUGAAGACGCGUUUUUCGACAACAUCAGAUAAUUGUAUACUCCGUUUUGCAGCCAUGGAGGCACGACGUUUUCUUACGCCCACAUUGCCAUCUGUCUUAUCCUUACGUGUUGAUGCACUCCUAGAAACACGUGGUGUCUUCUUUUCCUUAGUAUUUAUACUUGGCGAGUCCUCUGUGCAGCUCUUUUUUCUACCCCGGCUUUUUAUCGCACUCUCCGUCGGCGCUGUUGGAAUAUCGGUAUUCCAUUCUAAUGGCACAAUAUUUAACGCUUUUGAACAGUAUUUAAUACCACAUUCAAUACGGCGUUGGUACUUGCAUAUAAUGAGUAAUGCUAAUAUUUUAGCGGAGCUUAAGCCUUGUGGCUAUAUUUUGGCAACAAGGCAGUAUAAGUACUUUGCAUUAAAAUGCAUUCAUUGUGAUAAAAAAUAUGGCCACUGGUCAACAUUUUUACAACAUUUGAAACAAUUUCAUAAUGAAAUUGAAGAUGAGGCGCAUUGGCUUUUUGAAUGCACUGAAGAAACAUUAUCGACGUUCCGCGAACAAAGUGAGGAAUACCCCGUAGAGUGUCUGAGCGAAGCCCUACCUGCAAACGAAAGGGAAGCUCCUACUAUCGCUUUUCCAUUGGAAGGAAAAAAUGAUUUUGUUGAUAAUGAUUUCGGAAAUUUGUUUUCCGACAAUAAAAUGAACGAAGACGCCUUAGCGGAAGAGGGCAAAGUUGUGCUCUCAAAUAGAGAGGACUUGCCAUCCCCAACUAGUCGGUUUUUGAACGAAACCUUUGAAGAUCCGCAUGACCAAUUAAGUAAUUCUGUUACAACGGAAGAAAUCAAAAAUGUUACAGUUAAUUUAAAUAUUCAUCAUGAAGUCACCGUACAGCUUAUAACAAUAUAUAGAAAAUUUCCAUCAUUAUGGAUUUUGGAUAAAAAUGCAUCCAAUAAGAAGAAUGUAAAAUUUCAAGAAAUGCAAGAAAUGUUAAAAUCUCUUGCAACACAUAACGUACAUAUAUCUAUGGAUGAUUUAGAAGAGUAUCUGACACAACUUCAUUUACAAUAUUGUGAUAUAUCGAGAAGGUUAGAAGAAGGAAUAGAGAUUUCAGAUAUUGAAGAGAAAUAUUUCGAAAUGUGUGCAUUUUUGAAACCAUAUAAUAAACCACAUCUUGUUAUAACUGAAGAUGAAAGUGAGAAGUCUGAAACUUUGGAUGGAGAAGGUGAUAAGUUUAAUUUUAUAGGUGAUAAUGAUUUUAACGAAGGCUCACAAAGUGGAUAUGGCUCGUCCGAUGGCGAAGCAUUUCAAAGUAAAUUGAUUGAAACGCAAACACUUGUUAGGUUUUCGACACGUAAUAAAAUCACCUCUGAUUUUAUAAAAGGUCUCCGAGAACAGCCCUGUCUAUGGGAUUCGCAAGACCCUGCUUAUAAUGACCCAAAAGAGCGUUUACAAGCUAUAAAUAAGUUGAAAGAUUAUUUUCUUUCUAACUAUAGUAUACCCCUUACGGAGGCAAAAAUUACAACCGAAAUAAGACGUUUGUACAGCUUUUAUAAAAGAUGUGUAGUUACGCGGAACACCUUGAAUGCUAAUCGUCAAUAUUAUUAUGACAGCUGCGCAUUUUUGGCAGGUGCAGAAUUGGAUGAUGUACUCCUAAAACGCACUUACACAUAUCGUAAAAUUUCUUUUCAAACAGUUGACGAUUUUACUCUGGGCUUCAUUGAUUUCUGCGCCAUGCAUCCUGUAUUAUGGGACAAAAGCGAUCCUAAUUAUUCCGUAUUAAAUGUACGUCGACAGGCUUACGAAGAAAUCGCAAAGAAUUUACAACAAAUUUACAAUGUUGAAUUGAAUAAUGAUGAGAUUUACUAUGCAAUUUCUCGGCUUAAGCAUCAUUAUUAUACGCUGCAACGUAAGAAUCUACUAAACGGUUCCCUUAACAACCUGGAGCAAGAGUUUUUAGAGCGCUGUAGCUUUUUACCAACGUCAAAUAACAAUCUGCAAUGUCUGAUUUGUGAACGAAUAUUGCGGAGUUAUUCCACCUUACAAACACAUAUGCUAAAAGAGCACAAUAUUGGUGAACUACCACAUAAAUGUGAACAUUGCGAACAACGCUUCGAACGCAGAGCUUUGAAAGUUGAACAUGAAGUACGCGCUCAUACCAAGCAAUUUGAAUGGUUUUGCGCACAUUGUUCCAAAGGGUUUGCCACGCGUCGUGAUAUGGAAAUACACACAUUGGUUCAUACGGGAGAGCAUAAAUGCGUUUGCGAACAUUGCGGUAAAGGUUUUCGCCUGAAACAUCAAAUGACCGAACAUGUGAAGAUCAUGCAUGAACGUUUGAAACGCUUCAAGUGCACCAUGUGUCCAAAAGACUUCUUUCGAAAACGUCAACUUGACGAUCAUGUACGUGCACAUCUGAAUAUACGUGAUAAAAUUUGUAAUAUUUGUGGCAAAGGAUUUACCAGCAUACAUGGACUUUUCCGACACAAACAAUUACAUUCGGAUGUAAAGAAAUAUGAAUGCAAUAUUUGUGGUAAGCGUUUUCACCGUAUUUCCGGUUUGAAUUCACAUAAAAAACUGACGCACAAAAAGGCUAAACAACAAGAGAAUUUUUCAAAUAUUAUAAUAAGUGAAGAAGAAGAAAAUGAUACCGACGCUAACGAUUUAAUACCGACGUUAUAAGCUUUACUGAAGGAGACUGUCAUAGUCCAAUGGUUUACGAAUGUGUUCUGGAUACAUCUCUUGCAUAUUUGUAGACAUACCGUUUUGUGCGUUAUGUCACCUCCCUUUCACAUCAUCGACGAUUUCUAAACUUCUUUAUUUAUAUAUAUAUAUAUUAAUAAGUAUAUAUGUAUGUAUAUGAGGUACCAAAUGACUGUACUGUUGACCGGACAUCCAGAUGAAACUAGUAUACAUAUAUCUAUGUAUGUAUUUAUAAUUAUAUUUUAGUAAUAAAUCAAUAAUAAUUCGAUAAAUUUAAA